AUGGCUGCUGUUCAAGUCUUACCUCCUCCGAUACGGCCCACUGGAUCUUACACACGCAAACGCAGGCAUUCCGUCUCAGCCCCGCCUCCAGGCUUCCAGCUACCCUUUCCACACGCUCCAAAGCCGGUUUCUCCACUCCUCACGCCGUCAACGGCCACGAUUGCUUCGGUUACGCCCCGGAAACGCGUGUCCACCGCACCUUUAUCCCCUCAGAUGCGGCCUGCUACCCUCGGUCAAUCAUCUGGAUCUCGUGCGAACAGCCAGCGGCGACUGGCUACCUAUGGAGAACAAGGAGUUGCCGCAGCGAGCCUUGCCACGCUCGAAGCGUCAUGUGCAGCGACGACGCUGGCGUCAUGCGAAAAUAUUGUUCACCAAAUCAACCUCGAUGAAAAGUCGCACUUGCGCAAGAAACAACGCCCCUCGAAUGUUCCAAUGAAUACGAGCAGCGAUGUCGAGUCAAAACCUGCGCUAUGGAACGUUCGUACCUUCCCAUUCCACCGAACACGACCGGGUGCAGAAACUGCAUCGCGAAAACGAUUGGGAAUCCCUACGUUUAACUGGCCUAAACCGACCUCUGCAACCGUUGCAUCUCCGAUGUCAGACACCGCCAUGAUGGUUGACAGCGACGACGAACCUUUGUCUGUAGCCCCGCUGAGCGCCUACGAAUCAACGCUAGCGGUCGUCACGUCCAUGUCGGACAAUGAAAGAUCCUCGGGCGGUAUGUUGACUUCCAUGCCACGACGACGGCGGCGAGUCGGCACGGCGGUCCCGGGAUACGACGGCGAUGCUGCAAAUCCUCGGGAAGGAUCGCUCCGCUGUCGAUCUCCAUCACCUGCACCAACUCUGUGUUCACAAGAUGCUGGUCACACCCCCAAGCCCAUCCCGAAACCUAUUGGAAAGAUGACUCGGAGAAAGUCGUCUUCGCCUCCCCGAGAUUCUCCUCCACCUCCUCCCAGAUAUUCUUCGCCACUGGGUCCUGAACGACAUGUCCUGCCACCGCGCCCACGUUUUCCUCGCUCGAUGAACGCCCGGAGUGUCAACGAGCUGAGAUUUGGUAAGGAUGGAUCUAGAAUUCAAAUCCUUGGCGAGCGUGGUGCAGCUGCGGACAUGUACCGUCGGGUGUUACUGCGCAGUGCGCAUCUCAGUGCGCGAAAGCGAGAACUUGCACGUCUUGCAAAGCUGGCGGCCCAAGUCGAUUCCUCUGAUGAGGUCUAUGUUCUCCGACUUAGCGAUGAUGUGAAGGGUGAUGGCGCAGUGGGCUUGGUAGACAUCAAACCACAAGGCCAGGGCCAGGACCAGGACCAGGUACAACCUCAGGUCCAAUCGACCCCCGAAGACGUCCAGGAUGAGAAAAUGGACGUGGACACGCCAGAGUGUGGAGACAUCGAACUUCUCCCUGACAUUCCUGACAUGGAUUUUGACGAGGCGUGUUGA